AUGACGAGAGUGGGAGCUGCGAAGAACGGGAAGAAACUUCUGCUUAGCAGAAGUCAUUCCAAGGGCAAGUCAUUGCUGCAGUUCGCCAGCAAGUCACAAGACAAGCCUCGAGACGGAAUGCAGUCCAGGCGGCGAGGGCCAUCUUAUAAUUUUCAGUCCGAGAAUGCGAAUGUGCAGAAACUCUUGGAUCAAUUUGACACAUUUCGAGAGAAGUACAGACAGAAGAAAAAAAUUGAAUCUGUUGCUUUAAAGGAUUUCUGCAUUCUGUUUCAACCGUUAUUGUGUAAUGGGGUGAAAAGUAUAGAUGGAGAUAUUCCCGGAGUCAAAAACGGUCAAUGCUUCAACUCGCGAGUGGAGUUAUAUUUGGUUGCAGCUCACCAUCGGCUGGAAUCAGGAAUCGAUUAUUUGCCCGCUAUUCGAAGCCCAGCAAUGAUUGAUGGAGAGUUUGUAUCUAUAGCCGUUAGUGUUGUGCUCUCUGGAGAAAAAGAUGAUAUCGACGAGGGAGACACCAUCCAUUACUGCGGUGAGGGAGGCGUCGGUAGGCGCGUUGACGGUGUUCGCAGCACCGAAAUUACAGAAGAUCAAAAGCUAGUGGGAGGAAAUCUUGCUUUGAAGAAUUCUGCUGAGCUCGGACGAUCAGUCCGAGUCAUUCGGAAGCACAAGGAUUCCUUCCAUCGAUCCAAAUUCUUCUACAGCUAUGACGGUAUGUACAAAGUGAGUAGAUUUUACAGUGAACGAAAGAAGGGAGCGCUGGUAUAUAUGUUUGAGCUAAAUCGAGUUCCUAAUCAAGGACAAUUAAGGUGGUAG